UUCUUUCCCCCACACAACAUUUUCUUACAGCUUCAUCAAUUUGGGGUUUUUUCAUUUUUUUCAUUCCAAUUCUCGUUUUGAAGUUUUUCAAAGUCUUUUCGUCUCCUUAGGACCCUCUCUCUCUCUCUCUGCGCAGCUCUCAUUGUCUCAGAGGACUUCGCAGAGAGAGAUCGAGCUUAGGCUUCUUCAUUUUUUCCUUAGGUUUUCUACUCUUUCUGUGUGUAUAUAUAUAUAUAUAUAAUAAUAUUUUUUUUUUGGCUCUCUUUCGUUUUGAAUUUUUUUUUUUUGAAAAAUUAAAAAAAAAAAAAAUCAAAGCUAGCGAGGUGAGAAGCUACCAAGAAAAAGAAAAGCAACAAUAAUAAUAAACAUAUAAAAGACACUACUACAAUGGCUGUUUCCAGGGGUUUCUUUCUAGUGUUGGCUGUUGCCACUCUCCUUCUUAGUGUUGCCUUCCCUGCUGUUCAGGCUGAAUCUCUGGCUCCUGCUCCGGCUCCCACCAGCGAUGGGACGUCCAUUGACCAAGGGAUUGCAUAUGUGCUAAUGUUGGUUGCAUUGGUGCUCACAUACCUCAUCCACGCUGCAGAUAUCUCUUACAGCUUCUAAAUUUGAAAAAAAAAAAUUGAGAAUGACAAGCAGGUUAGAGGGAAGAGAAAGUUCGAUCUGCAAAAUCUAGCAAAUGGAUUAGAUGGGUUGUUGUUGUAUUAUUUUCUCUUUGUUUUGUGAUGUGAUUUUUUCCUUUUUUUUUCGGUUCUUGAAGGUGUAAUUUUUAGUGUUCGACUUCGGAAAACAUCGUUCCUUGUUUGGUAUUUCUGGCGGCUGUUGCAUUUGGUGGCAGUCUAAUUCACUUAAUUAAUAAACCAAAAUACAGUGAAGUUUUUCUCUAUUA